CAUUCCCCUCUCUUUGCUAUUUAUGUUUAGGUAAUUACAUCACAUACAAAAUCACACAGCCAAUACUCAUUUCCCUUUCUCUGCUAUUUUUAUACAAAUACAAAUAGCAAGAUUUUAUCUAUAUUUAAAAGUUGGUAGCCAAAAAUAGCAAGAUUACUGUACAUACAAAAUCAAUGCUUCUUUGUUAGCUUGUGUGAUUGUGUUGAGCAUCAACUUUUCUCUUUGUAUAAUAUUAUUAAAAUUGAAAGCAGAAAAACGAGAGUUCAUAUAGUUUUAGUGAGAGAAAUGCAUACACAUUAGAUCUCUCUCUCUCUCUCUCACACACACACACACACUCAGGCAGACUGAAUACGCAGCGACGGCGAGUUAAUCUCCGGUGAAGUUCAGUUCCGAUUUAGCACCUGGCCACCGGGUCCUCACUUAAGUGAAGUGACCAGGGUUCGAUACCUCUUGGGAACGAAUUGGAGAUUGGAGAUAUAAGAUGGAUUUUGGUGAAUGGAGAGAUAAGGUGGUUCUUGGAGUGGAUGAGGAACUAAUUACUAACAUCUAACAUGACUUUGCCCGAUCAAAAAAAAAAAAAAAAAAAAAGAUUUAGCACCUGAAGAAAUUCACAGCCAAUUCAAGAAAAAGAGUGUUUGUGCUCUUCAACUUCAAAAAAUGAGUGAUAGACAGUCAAAGAAUCAUGAAGAAGCUACAAAGACAUUCUUCUCUUGUGUUUCUGAGAGAACAAGGUCCAAAAGAGACGCCUACUUUGGGAUCACUGCACAAACACAGGGGAUUCCUUCAAGCUCUUACAAUGAUAGCAUAAGAGAGCGGAAGAGGAAGAGACAAACGAACCCAAAAAAAUCUGGGAACAACAAUGUAGACAUGGAUAUGAAUCAACCUGAGAUAGAGAUGAUUGAUGAAUCUGUCUUCAAUCAAAUACGUUCUGCAUCAAAGAUAAGGGGCUUGACUCAUGCAGCCAGUUCUUGGAAGAAUGUUGGCAGUCCAAGCAACAAACCAUCUGCCUCUGUGGAAAAAUCGGCUGAGGAUUUCAACCAUCUUCCUGUUCAAGAAGAGAGUGGCAGCGAGUAUAUGACGCCUGAGGAUAUUGAGAUCCAGAGAGUUGAUGAAGCUGAACUCUCGAAUAGGAAAACACAUUUCACAUCAAAGAGAGGGCAGUCAGAAAUGCAAGGCCUUUGUGAGUCUCCUCAUCAUUGCAUAAACUGCAGUUUAAGAGAUUAUUCCACUGCAUCUGAAACAUUCGCAGACGACUCAACUUCAUUGUCGGAUAAAGAUAGGAGUUUCAGAGAUGUUACGAGUAAGGGAAAUGGUGAAGGUGUGCUUGACAAAGGCAAAGCUCCCUUAUAUAGGCAAGGAUACUCUGCCAUCAGCUCUAAGAAGAAGAGGGCUGACAUUCUGAAAAUAUCUUCUAAAGUGAGCCGAGAUGAAGAUAUGGAUGACGAAGAGCUUAGCAUUGAGAUGAUUGACGAAGAGCUUAGCAUUGGAUCCUCGAGCAGUGAAGAGCAAGAUGAAGAACAUAUUGCUGGCACUUCUGCAAGGAAUGUUAGAAGGGUGAGCAAGAAGAAACCAUCUUCUAUCAAGAAUGAUAGAAACAGACAGAGGGGAAAAGCUUCUGUCUCAGCAUUGAAGAAGAAAGGUGCAGCAUGGAAUAAGCAUGUUGAGCAGGAGAUUGGAAGUGAAGAGCGCAGACAGAAACCUUCUUUUAGAAGGAUGAAUCCACGGUUCAAACGUAUUUUGAAACAAUACCACUACGUAAAAUUUCAUCUUCCAAGUAAUUUUGUUAAGGAGUCCGGCUUGACGGGAAAGAUGAAAGUAUGGCUCAAGUAUCCGGGCGGGAAGAGUGUACGCGUCCAGUUGAACUCGAGCAAGGGCCGGGUUGAUAUCGGUGCAGGUUGGGCUCCAUUCUGGAAAACGAACAACAUCAUCUAUAACAAAAAAUAUUCUUUUGAGUUCAUUCCAACAAAUGUAAUUUGGGUACAACCAAUAGAUUCAUGAAUGAACAUGCUCAGAUUU